AUGUCCCAAGAAUCAUCCAUCUCCUACGCAGCUUUGAUCUUAGCUGACGCCGAGCAAGAAAUCACCGCCGACAAAUUGACCGCCAUCACCAAGGCCGCCGGUGCCGAGGUCGACGCCGUCUGGGCCGAUGUCUUUGCUAAGGCCUUGGAAGGUAAGAACUUGAAGGAGUUGUUGUUCUCCUUUGCUGCUUCGGCUCCGUCUGGCGCUGCUCCAGCUGCUGGUGCCGCUGCUGCUGGCGGUGAAGCUGCUGCUGCUGAAGAAGAGACCAAGGAAGAGGAAGCCGCUGAAGAAUCCGACGAGGAUAUGGGAUUCGGCUUGUUCGAUUAA